UAUUGAGAUAUAAAGUGGAGGCAGAAAUUGUGAGUGAGUGAUGCAUUCAUUUCAGUUUGGGAUUAAAGACUAAGAUCUGCAUUUUUUAUGAUUCUUAGGUAAAAGUCAUGGUGAGAAUCUGCCCGUCGCAAGGAACACAUGAUUCAUCGGAAUCAAUGUCGUUUCUGAAGGUAGAUCCGCGGAAAAAACAGAUCACGCUUUAUGACCCUUCUACAAGUGGCCCUUCCAAUGCAAGUCACCGAAGAGGAGUUGUGGCAGUCCCAAAGAUGUUCGCCUUUGAUGCAGUAUACCCCCAGGAUGCUGCUCAGGCCGAGGUAUGCUCUGGAACAGUCGCUGAAGUCAUCCAGUCUGUCGUGAAUGGUGCAGAUGGUUGCAUCUUUUGCUUUGGCCAUGUCAAGCUUGGAAAAUCCUACACCAUGUUUGGAAAAGAUAACUCCACGCAAGGCCUUGGUAUCGUUCCCUGUGCGAUCUCAUGGCUCUUCAAACUAAUCAAUGAGCGGAAGGAGAAGACUGGAACGCGUUUCUCCAUUCGAGUCUCCGCUGUGGAGAUCAGUGGCAAAGAUGAAAACCUUCAGGAUUUGUUAGCUGAAGUAGCCACCGGCAGUCUGCAAGACGGGCAAUCUCCAGGGGUUUAUCUGCGAGAGGAUCCAAUAUGUGGAACGCAGCUUCAGAAUCAAAGUGAAUUAAGGGCCCCAACAGCAGAGAAAGCUGCCUUCUUCCUCGAUGCAGCACUGGCAGCCAGGAGCACUAGCAAACCGGAAUGUGAUGAAGAGGAUCGGAGGAAUUCACACAUGUUCUUUACCCUCCAUAUUUAUCAAUAUCGCAUGGAGAAGAGUGGCAAAGGAGGAAUGUCUGGAGGUCGAAGCCGUUUACAUCUCAUUGACUUGGGCAGCUGUGAGAAGGUGCUCAGCAAGAGUCGAGAGGGAGGAGGUUCCCUCUGCCUUUCUCUGUCUGCAUUGGGCAGCGUCAUCCUGGCCUUAAUCAACGGGGCCAAGCAUGUGCCAUACAAGGACAACAAAUUGACAAUGCUACUGAGAGAAUCACUUGGGAACAUCAACUGUAGAACAACCAUGCUAGCUCACAUAUCAGAUUCCCCAGCAAAUUAUGCAGAAAGUCUUACGACUAUUCAGCUUGCUUCUCGCAUCCACAGGAUGAGGAAGAAGAAAUCUAAGUAUGCAUCCAGUUCCUCUGGAGGAGAAAGCUCAUGUGAAGAGGGCCACAUACGAAAACCGCCUCACCUGCGGCCGUUCCAUCCGAGAACCAUAGCUCUAGAUCCUGACCUUCCCGUGCUGAAUCUUUCCAGCGAGCCGGAUUAUUCCUCAAGUAGUGAACAAUCCUGUGACACCGUCAUCUAUGUUGGUCCCAAUGGCACAGCACUGUCAGAUCGCGAGCUGACAGAUAAUGAAGGCCCUCCAGAAUUUGUCCCCAUUAUCCCUUCCUUGAACAAAAAAAGAAGUAAAGACAGCUUCGGUCUUGCGAGAAGUUCUGACAAAGAUCAUUUUAAGUGCAACACCUUUGCGGAGUUGCAGGAGAGGUUGGAGUGCAUUGACGGAAGUGAGGAACCGGCCAAGUUUCCUUGUGGGGAGGUCCCCGCAGCAGCAUCCGGCAGCACAGUCCCAAUAAGUGCAGACAACGGACACUCUAAAUCAAAACCUCUGUCUCCUCCCGGAGGAUUCAAGAAGAGCCUUUUGCCAGAAACGGGCCCUUCCAAGAAGGGGCACAACCUUUACUUCCAGCGCAAUGGCAGUGGCCCUGAGAAGAAGAUACCAUCACUAAAGAUGGAACACACCAAGCAACAGACCAAGCCUGAGGCCAAGAGAGUGGACUCGGAUGGGGAGAAAGAGGCAGCGGUUGAAUCCCACAAGUUACCCGCAUGUAAUGGUCCCAGGGACCAUGAGGCAAGUCCAGCUACUGCUGAACUGGUGGUGAAAGAAAAGCCAUCGCAUGUGAAGAGACCUUUGCCCAGCCCUGCUCCCCCUCCUCCACAGCACCAGGAGUCCCCGCUGAAGAGCAAGCAGGCACACGUGAAGUUUGACCACAGCCGUGCCAUCCGGACACCCCCGGUGGGAAUGAGUGAGCAGGUGGCUGGUGAGCCUGAACCUCACGCUGGAGGAAGCACGGUUUUGGCCACCAACAACGCGGAGCCGUCAGGAGAUGGCAUAGAGUUGCAUAGGUUCCACUCUUCAUUCCGGGGCAAAUGCUUUGACCGGGAUAUUUUGACAACCACAGUGACUUUGCAGCAGCCGGUGGAGCUCAACGGUGAAGAUGAACUUGUAUUUACAGUGGUUGAGGAAUUGUCCAUCAGUGGGAUCUUGGACAACGGAAGGCCUGCCAGUAUCAUCAGCUUUAACAGCGACUGCUCUCUGCAGGCCCUUGCAUCUGGCUCUCGGCCGGUUAGCAUCAUCAGCAGUAUAAAUGAUGAGUUUGAUGCUUAUACUUCCCAGGCAAGUGCUGCUGGCGUUAACAUUGAAAUUGUUGUGCCCUUUGCUGAAGAUCCAUUCUCUAGCAGUAGCAGACGUUCCUCCAUCAGCUCAUGGCUCAGUGAAGUCAGUAUAUGUACAGUUGGGAGUGACGGAGGCCGGUCUGGUGAUGGCUUCCUUGAAGAGUCCCCUUACAGCUGUAGCAAAUCUGAGGAACCAUUUAACUUGGGUUCUCCUAAUGCACCGGUCCCCUUGAAAGCCACCCUAAAUGACAGCGGCUUUUGCUUUUCCGAGCUGGAGAGUGAGAGCAUGAAUUCAAGGAAAACUUCAGGAGGUGAGAACAAAAGCCCUCCAAAUUCUGACUUAACCAAAGCAUCUCAGACAGAACAUGUUCUUUGCAUCUCUGAUCAGCCAGCAAAAGUUAGGCCUUCUAACUCUCAAAAUGCACCAGUGAUCGAAACAAUACACUCCAGUCUUCCUCGGAGAACGAAAACUACCUCAACUUCAACCCACAACACCACCACCCUUAACUAUAAGGAACUGCCAAAGUCACAUGUCAUGUUCGAGGAUCCCUGGUUGGUUCGUACAGAUGAUGGUUCGGAAGCAAAUGCCACAGAUCGGUUGCCAUCUCCAAACAUUCAGACACUCAGUGCUGAGAAACAGUCCGUCAAGCCUGCCCAACAAUUUGGGCCGACAAAAUCUCAGACAAUGCUUGCAUGCUUGCAGAGGGUUGUCGAUGGUUGUGAAAUGGCCUGCAAGUCUUCCAGUGGAGCUGCUAAAAAAUCUGAGGCCAUUACAAAAGUGCCGCAGCUCAGAAGAGGAGCAACCACACUGGGAGUGGUCCCUGUGUCACACAACGCUGGCCCAGCUGCAGAAGGUACAAGCAGGGCAAAUCCUGAAGCUGCUUUUGCCACCAGCAGCCUGAAAAAGAAGAGCAUGCAGCAGAAAUCCAGCAUGCUGCCCAGGCCUAACGGAACAGUGCCUCCAGCACCCCCUAUCCGUAAAUCGAGUCUUGAGCAGAAAAAUGGUGGGCUAGCCAAUGGAUGGGGCAAGGCUGCAGGACUGGACCCCACUAAGGCCGCCACAGCAAAAAAUGAGGAUGAGGCCGAUUUGCGCGGAAGGUCCGGGUUAUGUGCUGCUGAAAACCUCAGUAGCAGAUGUAACCUCAAGGGAGACCAUUCAUUACCCAAAGCAACUUCGAGCUUGAAAGCCAAGACAUCCAAAAGCGAAUCUGUCCAUCGCUAUGGGAGCCACAUGUCCCUUGAAAGAUGUGAUAGCCUGACGUCUGUUGGAUCCAAGGUCAGUCUGAUGAGGGAAAAUGGCAGUGGCGGCACGAGCAAUGGCAGAAAUGGUCGGCUGGUCCCCAGGCUUGGCGUUCCUCCUGUCUCCUCCGGCCUGACAUCACCUCCCUCAUACACCACACCUUUACCAUGCAAAAGCAGUCAAGCAAAAACUGUUGCAAGCCAGAAGGCUCCGGCCAGUGGAAAUAAGAACCGGAGCCUUUCAGCCAGCGGAUCCAAGUCUCUGAGCAGCUCUGUGAAGUCGCUAGCUCAGUCUGCUGGGAAGACCUCCAGUGUCCCUUUGAGCGGGAAGCCCACUCCGCGGUCUGUGCAAGGUGUGACCAGCAAACCUGGCCGUGGAACCAUCAUGGGGACCAAGCAAGCCAUCAGGGCAGCCAACAGCCGUGUUAACGAGCUGGCGUCAGGCAGCUCAGGCAAGAUGAGCCAUUUCCGGGGCUCGACAGACUCUGACAGUGGCAACGACAGUGGAAUCAAUCUCAGCGAUGAGAAGUCGCAGGUCCUUGUGCUGCCAUCGCCAUACAGCAAGAUCACUGCCCCGAGAAGGCCCCAGCGGUACAGCAGUGGGCACGGAAGUGACAACAGCAGUGUCCUGAGCGGAGAGCUCCCCCCAGCCAUGGGCAGGACGGCGCUUUUUUACCACAGCGGUGGCAGCAGCGGCUAUGAAAGCAUGAUCCGGGACAGCGAAGCCACUGGCAGUGCAUCUUCGGCUCACGAUUCCAUGAGUGAAAGUGGCAUGUCCUCCCCAGGGCGCAUGAGAAGUCUGAAGUCCCCAAAGAAAAGGUCAACAGGUUUCCAGCGCCGUCGGCUGAUCCCAGCUCCUCUUCCUGAUUCUGCAUCCCUGGGGAGAAAGCAGAGUACUGCUGGUCAGUGGGUCGAUCUACCACCCUUGCCAGGCACUUUGAAGGAGCCAUUUGAAAUCAAAGUUUAUGAGAUUGAUGAUGUGGAACGACUUCAGCGACACAGACAAGAGGAGACUGAGCCUUUCCAGGAUGUUGAAAAGGGCCUGAUAUAUUUUAAUACCAAGCUGAAAAUUCUGGAGAGGCGCCACCAGCGGAUUAAAGAAGUGAAGGCAAAGCACGAGCUCUUGAAGGAUGAGUUGGAAGAAACAAAGUGCAGGUUGAUGCUGGAUCCAAGCAAGUGGCAGGGGGAAUUUGAGGUUGACCCAGAACUUGAUAAGGAGUCGCAAGAUUAUCUGGAGGCAUUGGAGCAGGUGACCGAUGAACUGGAGCAGUGUGUGAAUCUGUGCAAGUCGCGUGUCAUGAUAGUCACCUGCUUUGAUAUUGGAGUGGUUUGCGACACCCUGGAUGGAGCACGGGAAGUGGAAGUUUGAAGGUGAUUGCAAAGGGACUUGAGAAGGAGCCAAACUUUCAAAAGAUGGAGGGCAAUUAUGUGUAUUAGAAAGCAGAAGCAUGAAGACUUAAUGUGAUGAAGAAUGUUAACAAAGCCUGAAACUGUCGAGGAAUUAGAAUGUUCUAACCAUUUAUGGUGCCUCAGCAACCUAGGAAUUGUACAAAGAUCACCCUGGUUUCUAAAAGAGGAAAGCAGAAGAAAAAAAUCUAUUAAGAACCAACUCUUUUUGAAAAGUGGAAGUGCCUUUACCAUUCAUUUGUGACUUGUUUUCUUGAUUUUGUAUUUGUUGCUAGAAUUAAAACCAGCAAACCUAAACAGACCGUAAAAUGUAUUCCUAUGAAAUAUUUUAUACUGUAUAGUGUAAUUUAUGACUAUAUGUAAAAAUCAAAAAUUGUAGCAAAAGCAAUAAGUAAAUUAUGUUUUCAUACCUGAAUUUGCCUCCUUCUUUCAUGGAAAAGCUGGUUUACGUAGCAGAACAACAAAAAUAAAAAAUUAAAUUGUAUUAUAAUUGCUUUUUCAUGGUUUAGGAUUUGAAAUAUUUUUAUGAACAUUUAUCUAUUGGAAAGGUGUAUUAUGAAAUUUCAGAAUGCUUGGUUUGUAUUCAGUUUUUGUACUCUUCCUUUUUCAGAUCAUGGUGAACAUGCUUUUUUCCCAUGUUUUCUAUACAAAUAUUAGGGCUGAAAUAAUUGGUCGAUUAAUCAGCUUGAUUAGUCGAUUAAAAAUCCUUAUGAUUAAUUAGAAAGGUGCCUCUUGAUUAACCGAACAGCAGAUUUUUAAAAUGUUGUUUAAACGUGUUUUUAAUAGGAGUACUUAACAAAACCAGAGAUUGGCAGGCGCCAUCAAGAAGAUGCAUUUAUGGGUUUUGUCUCUUACCCACACAGGACGGCCUCUUCUAGAUGGUGCUUGCUGCAGUCUGUGUGAGUAAUUUUACAACAAGAAGUAUGCUUUUUUCCAGAACUGUUGUUUCUUUGUAUGCAAAUGUAUACAGUUUCAUCCUGUAAUUGUUUGAUUGAUUAAUGGGCUAAAAUACAUACGAUUGAUGGGAUUCCUUUAAUCAAGCGAUAGUCCUAAUUGAUAUAUUAACCACUUAGCUACUUCCAUGGGCCACAUUCUGCUUACUCCAGAGAGGUCCAGUUGGGGUCACACAUUAGUCGACAGACUCCAGAGGAGUUACCAAGAGUAAGCAGCGAGUGUUGGCAACGAAGGACCAACCUUUGGAUUGUGAUGCACAACUGCCUGUGUUAACAUCCCUGCAGCUGCUUCAUCCAGUCAAAAAAUAUUUUUGGAGUCAUGUUUUUUGACAAUGAAGCAAUUAAACUUGACCUGUUUCCCACCUGCUGCUUAAAUCGAGCAUCCCCCUUACUACUGUUUUGGCUGGAAUUUGGUUUUGACAUAGGCUGGAUGAACAUGAGUUGAGGUUCUGCAAAUUUUCCUCUGAAGCUCACUGUUGCCACUUGAGUGUGAGCACCUUGAUUUUUCCAAGUGUGCAUUUUCCCCAACCUAAAAUGCUCGCUUUCCUCCAUGGGUGAAAGUGUGGAUUCUGGAGGGAAUUUAUGCAAAUAUGCACCCGUAAACAUGAAUGCACAUUUGGAAAACUGCAGAAAUGUCCCAAGAAUUGCAUUCCAGCUCAAGCUCAUAUUUGAGAUUUAGCCUUUUCAUAGCCUUGACGAGAAGAAAAAGCUAAGAUGGUUUUUUCAUGCAGUUUUGUAUGCAUAAUUGUAACUUGACCCCAACUCAGACAAUUGACCUCAUUCAUUAGUGACCCCCUUUUCUUGUAUUUCUUAACCUCCAGGCUGGUACCAUAGACCAGCUCCCCGUCCUCCCCCCUCCCCCCAAUGCACAAAAGACUUGCGACUGAAUAACCCAGAGAUGACCACGCUACUUCUUGGUCUGAGCUGCCUCACGGCUGCACAACCUGGGGAGAGAAGCCUUGCUUGAGUUGGGUGUGGCCCACAGGAAUUCAAGUUGCUGACCCCUGCCUUAAUCUAACCUGAGGAAGUCUGUAUACAACACUGUGGCUUUUUUCUCUUUCUUCUGAGUGCAGGAAUUAAAAUUAAUGGACUGGAUUCAGACUAGUCAUAUUUAGAGUAGAACUAUCGAAAUUGAUCUUGUUAGAUUCAACAGUGUUGCCCUUAAGUGUGACCAAGUCUGAACCCAAUCCUGUGUUUACUACCAAAAUCACAAGGAAGUGGGGUAAAAAGUUUUCUUUUCUUGGUAAAUAUUAAGUUAGGUCCAUAUUUUUGUAUAGUUUUGACAAUAAAUAUAGCAUUUGCAUUUUAUGAACUUUGAAAGACAAAUAUAUCUUUUUACAGUUUUUCUAAGGAAGGCAAACUCUCAGGAUUGUUUCUAUACAUGCUGCAUGAAUCUUGUGCGUUUUCUUUUUCUUUUUCUAAGAACACCACUUUUCAGGUGGAGACUGUUAGAUAAAUUGUUGCCAAACAAAAUGACUUUUGCAAAGGUUUGAUAGUGUAUGUAAUGAUCACAUUUCAUAAGGAACCAUAUUUUCUGAUCAUCUUGCUUUGUAUGGGAUUG